AUGUCCGGCCUCAUGUUUGGAGUUAUACCAACCGGGCAACAGCUAAUCACUGAUCCUACAUCCACACCUUCUCCUACGUCGUUUCUUUACACACUGCCAAACACCAAGUCUUUUUCUCAUGUUAUGGUAAUCUUGCUACCGAAUGUUCAGCUUCCCGAUAAUACCGCUGCUGCAAUCUAUCUUGCCACUGCCAAGGACGUUGCCAUGGCAGCUGAGUUGGGAGGCACACCAAACUUCAAAUUUCUUGGAGGAAUAGGGUCUGGGAAAGAAAGCGCGCUGUUUAAGAUCAACUCGAACCCUAGCCAAAACCAUAGCAAUGCAGAAAAUGACGGCAUCGUGAUUGGGGUUUCUAUUGAAUCGGCAGAGUCUGUCGGCCAACGUUUGGAACAGCUGUCGGCCGACAAGACAGCAAACAGCUCGGCGUCAAAUUCCAACACGGCGCAGAUGCCUACUUCUCUCCUUGCCCAACGUAUAAUACAAAACGCAUAUAAUUCUUUGGCAGGCUACACCCAGCCGAUAGGUCCUGGGGGUGUAGAGGUUGUCCCUCUCCGGGCAUUUGACGACUGGUGGCGAAAAUUCGAAAGUCGAAUUCGCAACGACCCCAACUUUCUUGCGAAGCCACAAGAAUAA